GUAACUACGCAUGCGCCAUGUUGGGCGCUUUAAACAAGUAUGCAAGAGUGGAACAUGAACAUACUAGGAAGAAGACUGAUCCAGGCUCAAUGAAACAGGAAUAGGCAUCAAUGACACUUGACUGCUUUGCAGAAUAAGCAGCUAUUCUGUAAUGCUAGUUCAAUAACACCUGAGUUGUAUUCGCCAUGACUAUGAGAUCCACUUUGUUCGCUAAUGCAGGAUUUAAGCUGGACACUGAGAGAAUUGACUUUGACAAAUCACAAGUUGGAAAUGCAAAUGUUGUGAACUCCAUAACCAUCAAGAGAGAAACCUGUGACUUUGUCAUAGAUGUCCAUGACGUACAUGGGGACAUCCACAACACUGGAGGGGAGAACCUCAGCAAAACUAAAAUCCUAGACCAGAAAUACAUAAUUCGGGCCCCAGUGGUGGCUGCACAAAAUAAAGCAGGAGGGGCACUGGUUCAAGGUGACAAUUGGGAAAGCACAGGGGUGCCGUCAUCCUCUGUCAGACAAAUGGGGGGUGAGGGAAUCCCAAUGAAAGGUAAACACUUUCUGAGUGACGGUAUGGAUAAUAAAGAGUUGGUUUCAAACAAUAACUCCAAGGAUGCUGGUACUGAUGAGAGCACCAGAGGGGUCUCCCCUGGAGGAGUUGUCAACACUGCAUCCAUUGAGUUCAGCACAGAGGGCAAGUGGAGGAACAUCAGAAAAACCCCUUCUAACCCCCACACACAGGCCACCUGCCUCCGGCAGAUUCUCCUCCUUCAGCUGGACUUGAUUGAACAACAGCAACAACAGCUGCAGUCCAAGGACAAGGAGAUAGAUGAGCUGAAAGCAGACAAGGAGACGUUGCUGGCGCGUAUUGAGCGCAUGGAGCGUCGCUUGCAGCUGACGAGGAAGGACCCACGUGAUAAGCGCCUAUUUCAGCCACUAGAGCCCUGGACCCCAGAUAAAGAGGACCUGUGGGAUCUAGAAGUGUGUGACAGCCCACAGACUCCCACCCCCAGGACAAUCCCCUUCAGUCGAGGCGGCAAAGGCCUCAAGAGGAAAUUUUGCUUCCUGGACUCAAAAAUCCAGAAGUCACGAGGAGGGAAAGGCUCUAAGUUCACCUCCCCUAAGUCAGAGUGUGGAGCUGGCUCACCAUAUCAGAGGGAGCUGCGCAGUAAAGAGACCCCAGAGAAGAUGGGGUUUGGUCGGUCACCGGUGGAGAGGGAUACUCUGUACCCGAGCAAAGAGGACCCGGAGCGCACCGAUCAGAUGGAGGAGCUCCCUUUCAUGUCUACUACUGAGAUGUACCUGUGUCGCUGGCAUCAGCCGCCCCCCUCCCCCCAACGUGAGCCAUCCCCAUCCCCGAAGAAAGAGGAGGUUGUAGCCAUUCCAUCCUGGAAGGAAAACAGUAUGGAGCCCUUGGAUGAGGAGGCUGCCAGUGACAUCCCAGAGAUGUUGGACGACAGUGUCUUUUUGAAGCGCCAUGCAAAGCUGGAGUUGGAUGAGAAGAGAAGAAAAAGAUGGGACAUUCAGCGUAUCCGUGAGCAGCGCAUGUUUCAGCGCCUCCAGCAGCGCAUGAACAAGAAGAAGGGGAUCCAGGAGAGUGAGCCAGAGGUCUCCUCAUUUUACCCGGACACUGAGGAUGUCGAGUCCAUAAUCAUCACCCCUUUCCUACCUGUGGUGGCCUUUGGCCGGCCAUUGCCGAAGCUUACUCAACAGAACUUUGACCUGCCUUGGCAGCGAAGCCGCUGCCGCAUCGAGGUGCCCAAAAAACACACGCCACACCGUACCUGUCGGAAGUGAGGUGGUAUCUGCGUGUGUUAAGCAAAAGAGAGAGCCCUCUUCUCUCCCCAGAAAGGUUCUCUUUUCUUUUGUGGGAUUAGGCUGUCACUGGCGUAGCAUGCACUACUCUCAAUAGUCUGUGGAAAAGUAAACCAUUGUCCUCCGUGUUGUCACUUGCCAGCUGUCUUAGAGAAGGAGCUGCUGUACAUUGGGAAAAUGGCUACCAAAUUUGUUAUCUAUGGUACAUUUGUUGCCCAUGCUACUCAAACUGAAAGAAAAGCUGUACCCCUCGACAGAUAACAGUCCCCCUACUAACAGCUAAGUGAUUAUAAGGUAAACCACAAUAGUUACUUAGUAUGUCUCUACUGUAGCAAUUUAGUAAUAAGCACGUUCUGUGAAGCAUAAUUGGGGAGCACAUGUUCUAAUGUUUUGGAAUUUGGUGUAAUGUACCUAGUCAUCCUUAAUUACUGCAUCAUCACUAAAAUGUGUAGCUUUUGAUCAUUACUACAUUAUUACAUAGUUGUCACCUGACUGAGUAACUUGGGGACUGUGAUCUAAAGGGUAAGAAGAGAAGUGGCGGUUUUCUGAUUUGACUGAAUGGCAGUGCUUGAAUUGUACAAUUUACAACUAACCCUGUGCGCUGGAAGCACCAUUGGCGUUUACAUGCUCUGGGUUUUGCUUUGAUUGAAACUGUAAUUAAUUUUUCCUGUUUGUGUAUUUACUGUAAUAAUAUUUCCUUAUGUGGACACCGCUUCAAGCGAAAGGUUUUAUCAUUGUGCACUAAAGUGUGGAUAUAAGGUGUUUGAUCCUUUCUCGGCAUGUAUGUUUUUUUUAUUACAAAUGCAGUAAAUAUUAGAUUUUAAAAAGUC